AACCAAAACAGCUGUUGUGUUGUAAUCCUUUGUAAUCCAGGUGCUCUGCUGACCGCUGGUUGUUCGAAAUAAACAUUGUGUGAGGACCACGAAAAUUUGUGAGAAAUUAUAUAAUCACUUCACAAACUCGGUAGUCGCAAAACUGUUUUUGCUGUUUAAGUUUGCCGAUCCGGAACCCGGGAAGCAGUGCGGUGCGAUUCGCAUUUCUUGGUGUUAAUAUCAAGCUGCCUCGUUAACGGAUAGUUCCCGACUUGAACAGCACAAGAUCCACGGUCAUUGCAACAGUUUCCGGAAUGUUAACUCGAUUGUUCUACAAUACAUCAGCCAGAAACAUCAUUCAGCUCUAUGAGUUCCUGAGAUUUAUUCCGAUGAGUGCCAACAAUAUGGAUUUACCGGGUCGUUCUUCUGACAAAUGCGACAGCGAUGAGAGUUUAGUGGUGCUUUUCCAGAUGACCACUUCAUCAUUGGCCAGGACCGAUGUCCGUUCCACAAGUUCCUUCGACCCAUCAGUAAUAGCUGAGCGACAGCUUUCGGAAGGCAGCGAUGACAGUAUCGUUUUUUGCUCAGACGAUUCUGAAGAAGAGGCAGAAACAGAGGACGACAGCUGUGAUGAGGAUAGCGAAGGCAAUGUUUCACUGCAACCAGAUUCCGGCUUUGAGGAGAAGAAGGUACAAUUCAAUCUGCAUCCGGAAGUGUACGUGAUAAGGGCAUGGGAUUUCGCGUACCGCCAAGCACGGAAAGGAGAAUGGGAAAUGGCUGCGAGAGAUCGAGAGCGUUUCAAAAAACGGAUCCAGGAAACAGGAAAUAUUCUCAGCUCGGUCUUCGAUAAAAAUUUGCGUGAUAAAGUAUAUGAAGAGCGGUUUAGCAGUACUACAGGUGGUGAACCAAUGUAGGUGUAAGGAAAGUUUCAAAAUCUGUAUUAAUGUUCUUUGUGAUGGUUGUCUAACAACUGUAUUAAUUUCGUGUAUACGCCUUUACUAUCACUAUCGAUUAAUAAUAAACAACAUAGAUAUUUGGCGUA